AUGGUGUGUGACAGGGCUCCUCCCCAGGCUGGAGCCUCAGAGCUCGAGGUCAUAUCCCAGCAGGUGGAGGAGGACAACCAAUGUGUGGCCCCAGUCCAGCUGGUCAGUUUUGCCUACAGAGACUUGCCUUUGGCAGCCCUGGACAUAUCUCUCGCUGGAUCCCAGCUCAUCUCUAACCCAGACGAGGAGGACAACAGAGAGGGGUCGAACUGGCUGAAGCCGUGCUGUGGACGAAGGGCAGCGCUGUGGCAGGUCUGCCUGCUGUCAGCGGGGUUCAACUGUUUCCUGGUGGCCUGUGUCAUCCUGGUAGUGGUGCUGCUGAUGCUGGAGCUCCUCAUAGACAUCAAGCUGUUGCAGUUUAACAAUGCCUUCCAGUUUGCCAGCAUCAUCCACUGGAUCAGUCUGGCUAUUCUUUCCGUGUUCUUCACUGAGACGGUGUUCAGGAUUGUGGUGCUGGGGAUAUGGGAUUACAUAGAGAACAAAGUAGAGGUGUUUGACGGGGCUGUCAUCGUGCUCUCUCUGGCCCCCAUGGUGGCCUCCACAGUUGCCAACGGUCCCAGCAGCCCAUGGGAUGCUAUCGGUCUCAUCAUCACGUUGCGCAUCUGGAGGGUCAAGAGGAUCAUAGAUGCAUAUGUGCUGCAAGUGAAGGUGGAAAUGGAGCUGGAGAUCCAGCAGUACGAGAAGGCCAAAGCAGUGAGGGAGGAACAGCUUGACCGUCUCACCCAAAUCUGCCAAGAACAAGCUGCAAGUCCUUUCUCUUUUGAAAUCCGGCAGCUGAGGGCUCACCUGGCCCAGCAGGAUCUGGAUCUGGUGGCAGAGCGUGAAGCGGCUAUGCAGAUUCACCACAUGUGGGGCAAACAGAGCAGCAGCUUCCAGGAGGUAGACGGACUCGGCCCUGGCACAUCAGCGCAUCAGAGUCCGGGCAAAGCCAGAGGGCCUGGGGGCCCUGCAGAUCACCACGGCCAGGAUGACAUGAACAACUACAUCAGUCAGUAUUACAGUGAGCUGAGCAGCGAUAUGGGGAUCCCGGACCCGGCCCGCGUCAUCACCACGGCGGCCAUUGACGUCCACCUGCCCAACAACCCCAGCCAGCUCCCCUCCUCUCUGGUGAGCGCGGACGCGGCGCCGUCCAGCCACCUGCAGCGCACCGGCAGCCUGGUCAGCGAGGCGUCCAGCACCACCGCGUCCCGCCGCAGCUUCAGCGCCCGCCAGCACAGCGUCAGCAGCCACACGCUGGGCUCCAGCAUGGACUGCAGCUCCACCGUGCGCGAGGCCUCCACCUCCACGGACUACAGCGACCAGCGCUGCUACCCCCCGCCGUACAGCAGCCCCCUGGCCCUGGGCACGCAGCCGCGGGGCAGCCCCAGCGCCGUGGUGCAGGAGCUGCUCUCCUCCCUCUCCGAGGACUCGUGCCUCGCCCAGAAGGGCCUGGACCCCGUCAACCUGAAGCCGCCCAGCCCCACAGGCUCCACAAAAACCAGCCCAGAGCUGGAGCACAGGGUCAACAUUUACAACAAGAGGAACCAGGAGAGCCGGAUCAGGCUCCACAGUAAGACGGUCAUCCAUCUGCAGGGUAACGAGCCUCUCCUAGAGGAGAAAUACAGGAUGAUGGGGCGAGUAGACACUCCUAUUAACCGCCUUUCCGAGACAUAA